AUGGACCUACUACGCUUCUCCACCGCCGGCAGUGUCGACGACGGCAAAUCGACCUUGAUCGGGCGGUUGUUGUACGAUUCGAAAGCGAUAUUCGAAGACCAACUGGAAGCGGUCGAGCAGGCGAGCGCGGCGCGCGGCGCGCCAUCGGUCGACCUGGCGCUGCUGACCGACGGGCUGCGGGCGGAGCGGGAGCAGGGCAUCACCAUCGACGUUGCUUACCGCUACACCGCGACGCCCAAACGCAAGUUCAUCAUCGCGGACACGCCCGGGCACAUCCAAUACACCCGCAACAUGGUGACCGGCGCCUCCACCGCGGAGCUGGCGAUCAUUCUGAUCCCCCAUAUCGUUGUCGCCGUCAACAAGAUGGAUCUGGUCGGAUACAGCGAGGCGAGAUACCAGGAGAUCGUCGCCGAGUACCGCGCCUUCGCGGCCAAGCUCAAUGUGCGCGACGUCGUGUAUAUUCCUAUCUCCGCGCUGCACGGCGAUAACAUAGUCAGCCAGAGCGACAGGAUGCCCUGGUACCACGGGGCAACGCUGCUGCACCAUCUGGAAACGGUCAACAUUGGCGCCGGCCACAACAACGUGGACUUUCGUUUGCCGAUCCAAUAUGUGAUCAGAGCGAACAGUGCCAGUGACCAUGACUUUCGCGGUUUCGCCGGCAAGAUCGUCUCCGGCCGCAUCGCGGUGGGUGAGGAGGUGGUGGCGCUGCCGGCCGGUAUCCGCAGCCGCGUGGCCGGCAUCCACCACGGCGAAGAAAGCUUCGAGCGGGCCGUUAACGGCGAUGCAGUGGUGAUCACACUCGAGGAUGAGAUCGACAUCAGCCGGGGGGACAUGCUGGUGCGGGUGCGCAACCUGCCCCACUCGUCCAACCAGAUCGAUGCGACGCUGUGCUGGAUGAGCGAAGAGCCGCUGAAAAUCCAGGGGCAGGUGGCCAAUAACUUCAGCGGCCAAUGGUACUGGUUGCAGCAUUCGACGCGGCGGGUGCGCGCCUCCGUCCAGGAGUUGAACUAUCGCAUUGACGUGGACACGAUGCACCGGGAGGAUGCGCAAACUUUGCAUUUGAAUGAGAUCGGCCGCGGGCAGAUUGUGACCACGGAGCCUCUUUUCUUCGAUUCGUAUCAGAUCAACCGCGCCACAGGCAGCUUCAUUCUCAUCGACCCCCACACCAACAACACGGUUGCGGCCGGCAUAAUCCGGGACCGGGCGCGGCGGGUGAGCGAGCUGGUGCAGAAGCGAGAAGAGAGAGAAACGCCCUCGCUCCGCACGUCCCGCUCCUCCAAUGUCGUUUGGGAACCGGUCUCGGUCACGCGGCCAAUGCGGGAGGAGUUGAACGGGCAUGGGGCGGCGGUGCUCUGGUUCACGGGGCUGUCCCGGUUCGGGCAAAUCGACGGUGGCGAAGGCUCUGGAACAGAGGCGCGCACGGAGAAUAUUCGCCGGGUGGCGGAGGUGGCCAGACUGGCGUUUGAGCAUGGCAAUAUCGUGCUAUGCACAUUUAUCUCGCCCUAUACGGCGGAUCGGGAGGCGGUGCGGGCGCUGGCUCCGGAGGGCAGCUUCUGGGAACUCUACGUCAAGUGCGACGUAGAGAUCUGCAAGGAGCGGGACCCCAAGGGGCUGUACACGCGCGCCGCGCGCGGCGAAAUCCCGAACUUCACCGGUGUCUCAGCCCCGUAUGAGGAACCGCCCCAGCCGGAGAUGGUGCUGGAGACGGAUCGGCACAGCGCGGACGAACUGGCGCAGCGGAUUCUGGAGGAGUUGGUGCGGGCCGGGAUAGUAUCCGGCAGAGACCAGUGA